GUAUUUAUAAGGGUCUCUCAAACACAUGCUUAUAAACACACAGACAAACGUCUGAUCACUCUCCUGGCUGCACCUACCUCUGCAGGAUACACUUAGGUUUCUAGACCAGUUUCCCCACGAUAAUGAAGGGGCAGUUUGUCUACUUCCUGUCCUGGACGCUUCACUUCCUGUCCUGCCCCUCCCUCCCGGAAGCCUGCACCACCGGCACCCCCGCUGAGUGCAAAGAAGCCGAGUUUGUGCCGGGCUACAACCUCGCUGGAGAAGGGUUCGACAUCGUGAAGAUGGAACGCAAGGGAGCGUACGUCAUCAACGUCAACAACUGGAAGAGGAAAGACGGGACCUGCACCCUCUGCAAGAACCCCUUUCUGAACAACGUUGCUCAGAAGCUUCCUAUGACCGUGGUGGACUGGCGUCUCCUUCCUAAGUGCAGCUCGAAGAUCUCCAGCACCGUCCACCAAUCGAGCGAGUCCCUCGUCAACGCCAGUACAUCUUCCAUAGAGAACAACUGGUCAACCGAACUGGGCAUCAGCAGCUUGAAGGGAUCGGGGAACCUGAUGUUGGCGGGAUCCCAUUCCAGGCUGGCAGAGUACUCCAUGCAGAAGACCAAGAGCGAUAAGUUCAGCUUCACCAGCCACGAGACCUCCUGCAGAUUUUACAGUUACAGGGUAGUGGAUGAACCCAGACUCCACCGAGAGUUUGCCAACACAGCGAAAAAACUCCCAUGCGACUACAACGGCCAGACCAAGCAGUUGUACUACAAACUCAUCGACACUUACGGAACGCAUUAUAUCAAAAAGGUGCAGCUGGGCGGCAAAGUGAAAGCCACUACCUCCAUCAAAACCUGCAAAACCUCGCUGGACGGGCUGACCGUGAACGACGUGAAGGACUGCCUUGACGUGGAAAUUGAGGCCACAGUGCCUGGCAAGGCUACAGUGGACAUGAAGGCCAAAGUCCACCACUGCCAGGAGCUGAAGAAGAAGAGCAACAACAAGCAGAGCUUCCACGACUCCUUCAACGACCGGCAGACCGAGAUCACUGGGGGCAAAGCCACCUCUGGUGACCUCCUUUUCUCCUCCUCCUCGGACCCUAGCGCUUACCAGGAGUGGAUGGAGAGCUUGAAGACCACCCCGGACAUGGUCUCCUACGCCCUGGAGCCCCUGCACAAUCUGAUUCGCUUCAAAGGCCCCGUCAAGGAUAACCUGAAAAAGGCCUUGGUCGAGUACAUUUUGGGAAAAGGCCUCCAGCGAAGCUGCUCCGGAAAAUGCGAGACGGGGGCCCGGAGCAACCUGGGAGACACGUGCUCCUGCGUGUGUCACAGCGGCGCGGGCGUCAACAGCAUGUGCUGCCCGACUCAGAGGGGGCUGGCCAAGCUGACGGUGAAGGUCAUCAGGGGCGAGAAACUCUGGGGGGACUACCACGGCAAAACGGACGGGUUUGUGAAGGUCAUCUUGGGGGACAAGGUGGAGAGGACCUCAGUCGUGCAAGAGAACAACAACCCGCGCUGGAAUCAGAUUUUCGAUUUCGGGAGCGUCACCCUCACCAUGGCCACGGAGCUGAAGUUCGAGGUCUGGGAUGAAGACAACGGGUGGAAUGACGACCUUCUGGGAAGCUGCUCUUGGAAGCUGGAGAAAGGGUUCAAGGAGAACCUGUGUGCCCUAAAUCACGGGAAUAUCUUCUUCUCUUACACCCUGGAGUGCGGACCCAGCUUGGGGGGCCCGACCUGCGGGGAGUACGUCCCCUCGCCCAUGAGCGCCGAGCUGAUGCAGAGCUUCGUGUCCAGGAACGCCGUGCCCCUCCCUCGCAGCUUGGUGGCAGAGAUGAUGAAGGGCUACUCCGGGCUGGAGCCUUCGAGUUCCAGCGGCAACCGCAGCCGGGAAGAGUAGCCACCCUGGGAGGAACCAGAGUCGGGUCAACCCAGUUUGGGAGUCAAGCUUGCGGGCUUCGCUUACGGCUAGUUUAUGAGGAUCGAAGAAUCCACCCCUAGUUGAGGAAAAAAAAAAAAAUGACUGAUCAGUGAUCGAUGAAAGACCUCCCCCCCCCCCCCCCCCCCCGCCCCCCCCCAAAGUGAUUCUUCCUUUAAAGGAGUGCGAACCACAACCUUAUUCUUGUCUGUUUAAUAGCACUAGCAACAUUAGGACAUUAUGCAAACCACAGAUUUAAAUACCAUGUGCUUACUUCUUAUUAGAUUUAGGAACCUUGGAAACAGCCCCCCCCCCCAACCUCAUGACCCCGUGACCCCCUGACCCCCCUUGACUGAUCAGAUGAAAUAUCUUUUUUCCCCAAAAGUGAUUUUUUUUUUUUUUUUAAAGCAUGAAAUGGUUUGUAACGCUGUUUAUUUUAAAGAGCUAUAGCAAUAAAAGAUGCAUUC